UCAAACGCGCUGUGUGUGUGUGUGUGUGUAUAUGUGUGUGUGCGCGUGAUUUUAUUUUCUGCUCGUUUGAGAACCUUCUCUGAAGAAUCGUCUAAAGUGUCCUUCGCCUUGGCUCGUUCGUGCGUGCAAAAGCACUCCCGCUGUUCUUUAAACGACUCUUUGGUGUUGGCAAUAUUUGCCUGCGAGGCUCAUAUCGCAGACAGAGAAAAAGAGUGAGAGAGGCCAUGGUGGAAUGAGUAAGAUUGCGCGUUCAAAUGGACAACCGGCUUCCCGAUUUCGCCGACUCUCCGUUUUCGUUUUAAACUACAGAUAUUAUAUUGAGAUACUAUACAAUAUCCUCGACGUUGCGUGAGUGACUGAAAGUGACGCGCAUUUUUUUUUUUUUUUUUUCUUCCUUUGAGAAAAUAAGAAGAGAAUAUCGUAAAAACCAUUGCCAUAUCUCUUUUUAUUGCUCUUUUCCUCGGCAAUCUGCUACGGCCAUCAGCGCACACGACGCGCUAUACAGUAAGAACAGAAAGAAAGAAAAAGAGGGAAUAAUAAUAAAGAAAAAAAAAAAAAAGAAAACGGGAAUGGAUCACGAAAAAGAUGGUGGCGUGCCCUUGCUCGGACAUUUCGGUCGCAGCUUAUCAAACUUGUUCACGCGCUGUGCCACUCCCGGUCAAGUGAUUGUUCUUUCCAUCGACGACAUCACUAACGGACUCGGAGACGACGUUGAAUAUCUUCUGGAUGGCAACAAAAGAGGAGGCCCCGUCGCCAUGCUGAAAUGGGCAAAAGGCUCGAAAAACGGAGGCCAAAGCAGUUCAACAGGCCAUCAUUCGGCUACGUCGGCGGCUCGUGUUAGUCUGGCUGAUUUACGACGCGCAUCCGCCAAGCUCCUUCGACGCAAGGAUUCCAGCUCUACCAACAAAUCGAAGAACAGUCCAACGACUGCGACUAGCAAUUCCUGCGCUCACGACAUUAAAACGGGGACGACAGCAUCCUCAGGUGGAGGUGGCUCACCGCCACCUCCGCUAGUGCCUCCGCGCGGCUCCAGCGCCGCUUCGUGUCACGGUGUUCCCACCUACGGCCAUUGCAGCGGAUCUGUCAUUAGUGGAACAGCUACGCCGGGGUCGGUGAGGUCUUCCAGUCAGAAGGGCGGCGUGAUUAAGCAGGCCACCGUCAGGAGAAUGUCGACAUUGCGGCAAGCGCGUUCCGUUUCUCCUAUCAAGGACAGAGGCCAAUAUAGGCGACCCGAUUCUUCAUCUUCGUCGUGUACGACGAACUCUUCGUGUUCACCGUCGACAGCGAAUCGACGGACGAGAAGGAAACCGGUUGCCAUCGAAACGACCGAUAAUGGCAGCAGCCUCUACAUGCAACUGGAUAAGAUCCCAGUUGCCGUUCAACAAACGGCUGGCUCUUCGUCGCUGUCCGGCUCGGCCUACAUGUCGGCUGCUGCGGCUAAUCUGAAACGGAAAGCGCUGGAAGAUAUCAGUAAUCAAGGGUAUAGAAAUAUUAUCCAUAGUCUCCAGGACGAACUGGCUCAAAUGUCAGACGCUGAAGCCGAAGCAGCACGAUCCGCUUCGGCGGAUGAAACGCGGACAUUGGCGGAAGCCACGCUCCUUCCCAUGAACCGAAAGGAAAUCGUUCGGAGCUCAGCCUUGCGCAAUCAUUCCAAAAUGGAUAGCAUUGUAGAUGAUCAAGUCACCAAAAAUGGCGCGGCUUCGCCUUGCCCGUCAGUCAAACACCAUCAACACCAGGCAGUGCCUUUAAAGAAACUGGACGGUGUAGUGGCCUCGUUUACUAAUCAGCCACCCGCAUCAAAUGAUUUACACCGACCUCGGCCAGUUCGUCACCCACCUUCGCCCACCGUCAACGUAUCAGACGAUAACUUGAUGGAUCUUUCCAGCUUAGCCAUGGCCUGCAGCCGUAACGGUCUGCCAUCAACACCGACGCCGUCCGCAUCGGCCUGUCAUCCGUUCAAUGGAACAUCGUCACCUCUGAAGAAAUCAGCCCCGUGCGGGCCGCACAAUUCUACCGGCCAGCACCUACAUCAGUAUAGCGCAAGUCGUUCGCUUGCCAGUCACGGACUGUCUAUUAGCAGCGCCACUGGAUGCCAAGAGCCUUCCGUUCAGAACAAGAAAAACCGGCCCAACAAGCAAGUGACAUUUCAGACCGAAGCGAGGCUAAUUGGCGAAUCAGUCACUCUGCCCGUCGUCUUUGAAUCGCACCGCGAAAAUGGCCUGACAGACGGGAUAAAAUCUGUGUGUGAAAGCGGGUCGUUGGAGAUGCCGGGCUUCGUCAACGUGCCGUGCAGUCGGCGAGGCUUUUGCCUCGAAUUAGUGUCUGCCAACGAUUUGCCGGAAGUAGGGAAAUUGAAUGAAUCUUGUAGCUCGAGCAGCGACCAACCGACGACGGACGAAGUGGAUCACGUGAAGCGCGUCAUGUCCCCAGACGGCGGCUACGAUUGGCAACCGUCUUACGUGAAUUUAGAGGACACGGAAAUAGCCCCCGUCCUGUUGGCUUCGUCGCGAUCAGCCGAUGAUUCCAGCGAUUUUUGGAAGCCCAGGUCCGUUGCUUCCGGUGGGCGACAACAGCCCAAACAACUGGCCGAACAGCUCCAGCCGGUCUACGACGCACCGAACAACAACAACAGCAAAUCCAUUGACGUGGACAAUCCACUGCUGUUGGAAUUCCCUGGUUUCCGUUACGCCAUGAUGCAACUACCUGGCAAUAACGCGUUGAUGGAGCGCCGUUCCAUUUCCAACGGUAGUUCCGGCAGCGAUACGCAGGAUUCCGGAGUGGCCGAAAUGGCUCAAGCGCUUUCUUUGAGCCGGGCAGCCAGCGCUAGUCCUCAAUUGGCGGCGAGCAGUCAAAGUUUGGCCGAAGACAUGUUGUUGCCCGUCCAGCCUUUUGUUUACAACACUCUGCCGCGGACGGACAACAAACGGAGUCUUUACUACAAUUGCUGGUCGAACCAGUCGCAAUUGCAACAACAGCAACAAGCAACAGGAUCGCAACAGCAAUCGAUGCCACUGCCAUCUUGUCCUUCCAGCGUGUACUCGACGACUGAUCCGCACUUUCUCUCCGGUUUGGCGUCUCCUUAUUUCAGCCGGAGAAUACCGGAAGAAAAAAGCAAAGCGUCUACGUCUUCAUCUUCGACUUUAAUGGCUCACAUAGAUCAACAAGAUUCAUCGUGGUCUUCCGAUCAUUUGUAUUGUAACAUGGCGUCUGUGGAUCCGUUGCCAUCGCUUCCGCCGCGCAUCUCCCGUCGAUGCCAUUCGCUUCUUGCGCUGGCGUCUACGAAAACGACGGCAGCGGAAGGAGCAGCCGAGGAUGCUGACUACGAAAAUCUGAAUAUGCCGUCGCAACCUGGACAGCCGAUCAUGGCGUUCAAAGCCAGGCUGAAUGUAUCGCACAGCCGCAGCCGCAGUCUACGGCAUUCCGGUGAUUUUACCAGCCCUUUCGGCUGGAUCAUUCCACCGUUUCAGCAGAACUCUCAAACUAAAGAACAAGAGAAACGAAGAGAAUCGAUAGCAGAGAACUGCAUCGACGAAACAGAUGGAAGAAUGAAAGAGGAUAAAAAAGAAAUCAGUAAAUCAGCCCAUUCUCGGCCCGUCUCUUCACGCAGACAACAAUUGUUGCACGAAAGGGCUCAUCGUUUGGAACUGAUGCUGAACGACGCCUCGGUUAACGAUUGCUCGGAGCUGUACGAACCGUCUGAUUGGUCGAUGGAAGCCAUGCUCUCUGACACUGUACGCGAUAUGGAUAACCUCUCAUUCAUGGAUGGCCCUGCCGGCCAACAACCGGGCAGCCGCAACCAUUGCCAGCAUUGUUGCUGCAGUUCCGUUCGACGGCCUCUUCCGCCACCGAUGAAUAAAUGUCGCUGUCAAAUGGACCAUCCAGGCCAUUCUCCGUCUUCUUCGUCGAGCGUGUCAUCCGCCGCAUCGUGCCACUGCAACCGGAAGAAGAAAUCAAGUGGAGCGCAUAAACGGGAAGCGACUCGGGUACGCGAAAACGCUGCCACUCAGACGGAAUUACAAACCAACGGGCCGACUGCAGGAUCGAGGCUGGCCAGCCGGGCAACAGCCGCUGAGAAUCCCCUUUACAUGGCUUAUAGCGAUUUGACUAAAAUCAAUUGCGACGUGCUGGAUCGUUCCGCCAAAACAGCCAGAACUGUUGCUGGGCAAGGACAGUCGGUCGGUGACGACUACGCGUCCGAUAGUUGCGAAACUUGGAAUUCACACAAGGCUCUUUAUGCACGACUGCAAGCGGCCAAACAGAGUCGUGAAGUGUCUGUGUUGAGGGCAACAACGCCGGUGAAGAAACGAAGCAAGGGACUGCGUCUCCAUGGCAACAAGCCGUUGUCGACACCCUCUGGUAGUCGAAUAUGGCGUCACGACGGCCAGAGCGUCUCGACGCCGCAGAAGAGUCGUAAAAAUGGCAGCAGGGGGCGUCACAAUCGCCGACGCGGAUGCUCCACUGCCAACACGACGGCUAAUUCCACAAGCAAACUAGACCGGACGGCCAUGAGUAUUCGAAGCACAUACAGCUCCAAAAGCUCUAAUACCUUACGACGUCGUAAGAGCUCACGAAAACCUAAAGCUGCUGACGUUUUGCACGGCAAAGGACAAUUACAAUUGGCGAUUUACCUCAAUUCCGGUCUAUUGACAAUUCACAUUCAAUCCGCUCGAUACCUGAAGAAUCCCAACAGCGGUCGAGCGUGUAAUUCAUACGUCAAGGUGUCACUGAUCCCUGACAAUCCAGAGCAAACGUUUUGCCGGACGACACUCGUCAAGAACGACAACAAUCCUUGGUACGACCAGAAGUUUUCGUUCGAGUUUCUUUCGGCUGACCUUUACAAGAGACUCUUCAUCUCCGUCUGGGACCGGGAUCCCAAAAAGAAUCGGAGCGAUUUCAGAGGCUGCAUGUCCUUUAGCGUCAGCCACGUCAUCCGAAAAGACGCGAGUGGAUGGUACAGAUUGCUCAACGGGAACGUCGGCCGCCAGCGUCACUUUGCCGUGAAAAAACAAAUCGAUUUGAACAAUUCGACGAUCGUACCGACAGAUCCAGACAUGGAGGAGGAUCUGGUUGUCGUGGAUGACAGCGACUUGGACAAUGGAAUUAUUGAUGAACGUGAUCGUGUAAGAUCAGAGAUAUCGUCCAGUCCGUCACCAUCUUCUGCCGCGUUGCCGAAGAUUAUUGGAUCGGACAUUCGCCACACUUCCGCACGUUGCCCGCCUGUGGAAGCCGAACCGAAAGGCAAAACGCCCUACACUACAACGGUCAAUCUCAAGAGAGGUCCUAAAGGCUACGGUUUCUCUGUGACGUGGACACAUCCGCCGAGAAUCGAGAGGGUCGAGCCGGGCUUAGCGGCUGACCUGGCCGGAAUGCGUGUCGCCGACUACAUUGUCUUCGUCGGCAGCCACAACGUCGUCAAAAUGGACGAGGACCAAGUUCUUCAACUAAUUCAAGCGGCGGGUGAUACGUUGACAUUGGAGAUUUAUCGAAAAAGCGGCAACAAACCGUCGUCGGGGUGCGUCACUUCCGAUCAACUGACCACCGCCGAGCUGCGUUCAGACUUCCAACAACGGCAACUCAAAAGCCCGGUAAAUCAAACACACAGUAUAUUGGCGAAUGCGGCUCGAAAACCACCAGCCGUUUCGCACCAUCAGCCGCCGUCGGCUGUUGCUGCGAUGCCGGCUGUUGCUAGCGCUGCAACUAAUAGUCGUCGCCAAGUAGUUGAAAAUGUCAGUAAUAAUGGUAGCCCCGGUCAUGUGUCCUGGCAUCCUUCUCUUACUAGUAGCGGCACUUUGGCACCUCCGCUUGGAAUUAAUAUUUCCAAUGCACCACCGCUCAAGGUGGCGUUCAAUAAAUCAAUCGGAGGAGGCGUUCUCGUCUGAGACGCCAACCUUUUUAUUCAUCACACAACAUUCUUCGUGCCCUUUCUUUCAGUCCCCCCCCCAUUUUGCAUAUAGUUGCUUGUUUUUAUUUCGAUUGUGUCUGUUUACCGUCGUCGAAAGCCUCCACUGUAUAAAAAUAGCAGUUCACCACGUUCACUUCCAUAUAUAUUUACGAUUUUGGACUGUAUGUAUUUUUGUAUUCACUCUUGGCUUUUCUCACGCGGAUCGCGGUCCGUCAUGCAAAAUAUGCCAUGUAUAAUAGAUGCCGCUUUUAUGUAAACUGCCGUACCAUGUAAAUAAAAGUACAUCCCACAUUUUAUUU